AUGGCGUUUCGCUGGUACCAAGCGAAGCUCAAGACAGCGCCGCUGCUUACGCAGAGUAUCACCACGGCGGUCCUCUUCGCAACGGGCGAUGUAAUGGCACAACAGGGCGUAGAAAGGCGAGGCGUGGAGAAACACGAUUUGAAGCGCACGGGGCGAAUGGCUGCGUAUGGCGGAGUCAUCUUCGGUCCCGCAGCAACCAAAUGGUAUGAAAUCCUCGUCCGCCAUAUCAACCUCAAGUCGCACAACACCACCAUCCUCGCCCGCGUCGCAGCCGACCAAUUCGUCUUUGCGCCCGUCAACAUGGGUCUUUUCCUCUCCAGUAUGGCCUACCUGGAAGGCGCGUCUCCAACCCAACGUCUCAAAGACGCUUACCUGCCUGGAUACCAGAAGAACCUCAUGCUGUGGCCGUGGAUUCAGUUUACCAACUUCAAAUAUGUGCCGGCGGAGAUGAGGGUGCUUGUUGUUAAUGUGGUUAGUUUGGGAUGGAAUUGCUAUUUGAGUUAUCUGAAUUCCGGGGGUGGCAAGGGCAAUGUGGAGAAGAUGGUGGAGAAGGUGGGAGGACGGGAGAAUGGACAGGAGGGCGGAGAGUUGCCCCCUUCGUAG